GCGCACCUGAUUGGCUGCUUUCAGCUGGAGCGGAUCGUCGCCGUACCGACGCUGGAGCCGGACGGGAGGCAGCGGCGCUCUUAUUGUUCCCCGAAUGAACCCCGGAGCGUGGAAACAAGUUGUUUGAAACCUCAUUAAAAUAUUUUUUUUUUUUUUUUCUUCGUAAGAACCAACAUGAAGCUGUUUAAUUGAACAUUUUGUACAGUGUUUAUGCCCGACCGGUCUGCCUACCUUCCGAGGGAAGUCCAGGCCUCAAGCCUCGUCGCUCGAGUUUAACAAUAACCGCCACAGUCUCACGUCGACCCGGAGCUCCGAGGCCGACCUGGCGCUUUAAAACGAAGCUCUUCAGAGAAAGCAGUCGGAUAUUAAUCAGCUUGUGAUUUCUAAUGGAGUUAAUUUAUUAAAAUAAUUUUUCUUGACCUUUGUUUGAAAGCAACAAAGUGGAGUAGUUUUUAAAAUAGAGGUGAAAUUCAACACAAAAGGAACAUGUCUAACGGUGCCACGGGGAGCGGCGGUCUAACCUGGGUGACCCUCUUUGAUAAGAACAAUGCUGCCAAAAAGGAAGAGGCGAAUGGACGGAGCGAUGCCACCAGAAAUGAAGGUCCCAAAAAGGACGUCUCCAAGAAAAUGUCAGUGGAACGUGUUUACCAAAAGAAGACCCAGCUCGAGCACAUUGUGCUCCGCCCAGACACCUAUGUCGGGUCUAUACAGCCCAUUACUCAGCCAAUGUGGGUUUUCGAUGAAGAUGUUGGUAUGAAUUUGCGAGAAAUCACCUACGUCCCUGGAUUAUACAAAAUCUUUGAUGAAAUUCUUGUGAAUGCAGCUGACAACAAACAGAGGGAUAAGAACAUGUCUUCCAUUAAAAUCACCAUUGACCCGGAGUCAAACACAAUCUCCAUAUGGAACAAUGGGAAAGGAAUCCCUGUGGUGGAACACAAAGAAGAAAAAAUGUAUGUCCCUGCACUUAUCUUUGGCCACCUCCUCACAUCCAGCAAUUAUGAUGAUGAUGAGAAGAAGGUCACUGGUGGAAGGAAUGGCUAUGGAGCAAAGCUCUGUAACAUUUUCAGUACAAAGUUCACAGUGGAAACAGCCUGCAAGGAAUACAAGCACAGCUUCAAACAGACCUGGACGAACAACAUGACCAAAACCAGCGAACCCAAAAUUAAGUACUUCGAUGGGGAUGACUUCACGUGUGUUACAUUCCAGCCUGAUCUGGCAAAGUUCAACAUGGAAAAGUUGGACAAGGACAUUGUGGCCUUGCUUACCCGAAGGGCCUAUGAUGUUGCAGGCUCUUGCAAGGGUGUCAAAGUCAUUUUCAAUGGAAAGAAACUGCCUGUAAAUGGUUUCCGCAGUUAUGUGGACCUAUACGUGAAGGAUAAACUGGACGAAACAGGCGUGCAGCUGAAGGUAGUGAACGAGGUGGUAAAUGACCGCUGGGAGGUGUGCCUCACCAUGAGCGAGAAGGGCUUCCAACAGAUCAGUUUUGUCAACAGCAUCGCGACCACCAAGGGUGGCAGACACAUUGAUUAUGUUGUGGACCAGAUAGUGGCCAAGCUCAUUGAAGUGGUGAAGAAGAAAAACAAGGCAGGAGUCUCAGUGAAACCAUUCCAGGUAAAGAAUCACAUCUGGGUGUUUGUGAACGCCUUGAUCGAGAAUCCAACAUUUGACUCCCAGACUAAGGAGAACAUGACGCUCCAAACAAAGCUUUUUGGGUCAAAAUGCGUGCUGUCUGAGAAGUUCAUACGAGCGGCCACAAACUGUGGGAUUGUAGAGAGCAUAUUGAACUGGGUGAAAUUCAAGGCGCAGACGCAACUGAAUAAGAAGUGUUCUUCAGUAAAGUACAGCAAGAUUAAAGGCAUCCCUAAGCUGGAUGAUGCCAACGAUGCAGGCGGAAAGCACUCAUCUGAGUGUACGCUCAUCCUCACAGAGGGAGACUCUGCAAAGUCGCUUGCUGUUUCAGGACUUGGGGUCAUAGGUCGGGAUCGCUAUGGGGUCUUUCCGCUCAGGGGUAAGAUCCUGAAUGUGCGAGAAGCCACACACAAGCAGAUCAUGGAGAAUGCUGAAAUCAACAACAUUAUUAAAAUCGUUGGUCUUCAGUACAAGAAGAGCUAUGAUGAUGCCGAGUCCCUGCGCACGCUGCGCUACGGCAAGAUCAUGAUUAUGACCGAUCAGGAUCAAGAUGGCUCUCACAUCAAAGGUCUCUUGAUUAAUUUUUUCCACCACAACUGGCCAUCCCUGCUGAAGCAUGCCUUCUUGGAGGAGUUCAUCACCCCUAUUGUCAAGGUAACCAAGAAUAAGCAGGAGCUGGCUUUUUACAGCAUUCCAGAGUUUGAGGAAUGGAAGAAACAAACAGAAAAUUUCAAAAGCUGGCACAUAAAGUAUUACAAAGGUUUGGGUACAAGUACGAGCAAAGAAGCGAAGGAGUAUUUUGCAGACAUGGAAAGGCACAGAGUAAUAUUCCGAUACACUGGCGCAGAGGACGAUGCUGCCAUCACGCUGGCCUUCAGCAAGAAGAAGACUGAUGACAGGAAGGAGUGGCUUACAAACUUCAUGGAGGACAGGCGACAGAGGAGGAUGCACGGCCUGCCAGAGCAAUAUUUGUAUGGCACGCAGACAAAGCAUCUGUCCUACAAUGACUUCAUCAACAAAGAACUCAUUCUGUUCUCCAACUCUGACAAUGAAAGGUCCAUUCCAUCCCUUGUUGAUGGCCUGAAGCCGGGCCAGAGGAAAGUGAUGUUUACCUGCUUUAAAAGGAAUGACAAGCGAGAGGUGAAGGUGGCCCAGCUGGCCGGUUCAGUGGCUGAGAUGUCUGCCUACCAUCAUGGCGAGCAAGCCUUGAUGAUGACAAUUGUGAACUUAGCACAGAAUUUUGUGGGCAGCAACAACGUGAACAUCCUGCAGCCACUCGGCCAGUUUGGCACACGAAUCAAUGGCGGCAAGGAUGCUGCCAGUCCCCGUUACAUCUUCACCAUGCUCAGCCCGCUGGCCAAGAUGUUGUUCCCGGCUGUUGAUUCCUCCCUGCUUAAGUUCCUUUACGAUGACAACCAGAAAGUGGAGCCGGAGUGGUACAUUCCCAUCAUCCCUAUGGUCCUUGUGAAUGGUGCCGAGGGUAUUGGGACUGGUUGGGCGUGCAAAAUCCCCAACUACGACCCACGCGAGAUCGUGAACAACAUCAAUCGCAUGCUCAACCACCAAGACCCGCUGCCUAUGCUUCCAAGCUAUAAGAACUUCAAGGGUGUUAUUCAUGAGCUGGGCCAGAACCAAUACUUGGUCAGUGGAGAGGUGUCUGUCCUGGACAAGAACACUAUUGAGAUCACAGAGCUGCCUGUUCGCACCUGGACACAGACGUACAAGGAGUCUGUGCUAGAGCCCAUGCUACAGGGCAGUGAGAAGACCCCGGCCUUGAUCACUGACUACAAAGAGUACCACACUGAUACCACGGUCAAGUUCGUGGUGCGCAUGACCGAGGAAAAGCUGGCCCAGGCUGAGGCCGUUGGCCUCCACAAGGUCUUCAAGUUGCAGUCCACCCUCACAUGCAACUCCAUGGUGUUGUUUGACCACAUGGGCUGCUUGAAGAGGUAUGAGUCUGUGCAGGAUAUCCUGAAGGAGUUCUUUGAACUUCGGUUGCACUACUAUAAGCUGAGAAAAGAUUGGUUGAUAGGCAUGUUGGGGGCAGAGUCAGCCAAACUGUCAAAUCAGGCACGCUUUGUGCUGGAGAAGAUUGAAGGAAAGCUGUCUAUUGAAAACAAAUCGAAGAAGGACCUAAUCAGGAUGUUGGUCCAGAGGGGCUACGAGUCGGACCCUGUAGCUGCGUGGAACAAAGCCCAGGAAAAGUCUAUGGAGGAUGACGACAAGGAUAACGAAGACAGCGAUGGUUCCAUCCACUCUGGCUCGUCGUCAGGACCCGACUUCAACUACAUCCUGGGGAUGCAAUUGUGGUGCCUCACCAAGGAGAAGGUGGAAGACCUAUUGAAACAAAGGGAUGCAAAGAAAGCAGAGCUGAAUGAGCUUCAGCGGAAGUUGCCAGAGGACCUGUGGAAGAAGGAUCUGGCUGACUUUAUCAAGGAGCUUGAUAGGGUGGAGGCACAAGAGAGGGAGGAUAUAAACGCAGGCAAAACCACCAAGCUGGUGAAGGGAAAGAUAGGGAAGCCCAAGGUGAAAAAGAUGCAGCUGGAGGAGACCCUGCCAUCACCGUUUGGCCGUAGGAUUGUCCCCCAGAUCACCCAGGCAAUGAAGGCUGACGCCUCCAGGAAGAUGACCAAGAAGAAGAAGGGUGAGAUGGACCUUUCGGUGAAGAUGGAGUUUGAUGAUGAGCUGGGGGCCAUUGGCGCUGAGGGGGGGACAGUAGAGAACUCUGCCUUGGCUCCAGCCCCAGGGAAGGCUAAGGCUCCCCGUGUCAAGAAGGAAAAGAAGGAGCCAGCUACUCCCCGAGCAAAGAAACCACCAGGAGCCAAGGGGUCUGUCAAGAAGGGGAAAAAGAGGAACCCUUGGUCAGAUGACGAAUCACGAUCAGACAGCGACCUGGAUGAGAGCGACGCUGUAGUCAUUCCCCGAGAGACCAAGAGCCAGCGAACAUCAGCUGGAAAACCCAAGUAUACAUUUGACUUCUCGGAGGAAGAGGAAGAAGAUGCAGACGAAGAGCCAGAGGAUGACGACGUGGCAUCUUCUCCUGUCAGGUCGUACAAGGACUUCCCUGCUGCCUCAGAGACCAAGGGUCAGUAUGAUGAGGACGAGGAUGAUGACGAUGAAGAUGACAUAACACAGAAACCAGCCCUCACCAUGUCCACUUCACCAGCAAAGAAAGAAUCAGAGAGCAUGUUCUCUUCCAAGAUGGCAUAUUCCGAGAAGAGCAACGACAGUGACGGGCUGAAGUUUGACAGCGAUGAAGAUGACAACAGCCCACCAUUCUACUCCACCAGCUCUGUUUUUGACAAACCUGCCCCAACAAAGAAAGCAGCCAAGAAGCCUUCGGACGCGACUCCCAAGCCCAAGAAAGCACCAAAACCCAAGAAGCCCAACACCUCGAUCUUUGACUCCGACUCAGACGGAGGAGCUGCCAAAAAGCCAACAGCGUUGAAAGGGAAAAGUCGGGGGAGGAAGAGGAAGCACUCUGGCUCAGAGGAGGAUGAGUACAGUCCAAUGAAGAAGUCUAAGAAAGCACCAGCUAACCGGAAGUCGAAGAAAGCCACAUCGGACGACGACGACUUGGACACAAACAGCUUUGGAAGGUCAGAGGCGCCGUCAAGAGACCGGCCAGGCAGGGCAAAAAAGGAGGUGAAAUAUUUUGCGGAGUCAGAUGAGGAGGAGGACGAUCAGUACGAUAUGUUUGACUAGGUGCUUCGAGUCACCAGCUCCAGCAACACACACACACACACCCACACACACUUGUGGAACAACUCCCGUCCGUAGUCCUGCAACUUUUGUACAUUUUCCUUUUAUGGUUUUCUUUUUUGUGACGUUAAAUGCUUUCUACUGUGUAGGUGUUUUACACUUUUUAUUACACAUAUACAGUUUUUGUUUUUUAUCAUUGAAAUGUUAUGUAUUUGUCCCGAGCGGCUUUUAGAAGUUUAGAUUGCUGUGCCUAAGCACAUCUUUUAAUUGUUAAAA